AGGUCCUCGUCUGGCCGGAUGCAGACGGACGCGACGCCGAAGAGCGAGAAGAUGACAAAGGCGACUGUGAUGAAGGCCAGCUCAAAUCCAGAGAAAGGCACUUCCAUAGCCUCGCAGCUGUCAAUGAGAAGAUAAAACUCAUACCAGAACGACGUCUACGCUCUUCAUGGAUUAUUCCGGCCAGGGUAAAGAGGCCGAAAACCAGGAGGGAAAAGACAACGAUCAGCGCCUCAAGGUCUCCCGACAUGGACACCAUCGUCAGCCAACGCGGGCUCUCUCGCUUUCUCAGCAGGGGAGUCCACGAGGGCGUGACGAAGCCGCUGAGUAGUUUCCCAGUCGCCAUGACAACCGCACACUCGGCCAUCUCCACCGCCGUCUUCGUGAUCUAAUUCCACCGUCCGUAUCGGGAAGCGCAAGGAGCACCUGCUUGUUCUCCUUCGCCGGGAUGGCCGCCCGUGGGCGGAUGGGAAGGCGCGGCGGGGCUGCCACGGGAGGAACGCCAACGUCCGUGUGUGCUUGAGAGCGACUGUGUGUGUGUGUGUGUGUGUGUGUGUGUGUGUGUUGCCUGGAAACCACUAGCAUGCCAGUACACCAGAUUACGGUGGUCCCGGCCAGGGAGAACGGCAAGAGCGCCCUUCGGCCCAAAGACAGGAAUGAGGGCCCUCAAGUCAAGACCCCCGGUCGCUCAGGGAGUCGAUCUAGCAACAUCUCCAAGGCGAGCAACUCGACAGCGGGACAAACCACCGCCUCCAAGACAUCCGCCACGCCGUCUUCUCAGGAUAUUUGCAGCGUUGUCCAGCUGACCCGUGUUGAGGAGGAUACAUCCGAAUUGCCCGACCCCGGCAACAGCAAGACUCUGCGCCCCGCCCCCAUGACAAUCCGCAGCGCCACCCGAGGCCCCUCAGCUCCGGCCCCCAAGAAGCAGGUGAAGCGUCGCCACCGCCGCAAGAAGAACAUCUUUCGGCCAUUGGACUGCGUCGAGGCCAAAGACCCGGAGCGGACCUCUGACCGCAGCGAGCAUGGCGAGACGCGGGCAGAACGCCCCUCGCGGACACACCGGGAACUCCCGCCGCGGUUCCGCUGUUUGGACUCCACCUCGGAGGACGAGAAGCCGACGACCAGAAGUUGGACUAAGGAGAAGUCGAGGCGGGCGCGGCACCGCAGCAGGAGCAAAGGCAGUGAGGAUGUGACAGAGGUGAUGGAGUUACAGUCUGUGGGCUCCGAUGAAAUGAAGGAGAACCAACCCUUGGUGGUGGACGAUGGCGUGAAAAAACGACGUGUUGGCGGUAGCAGUGGGAACAGCUCGCUGAGGGAAAGCUUGCCCAGCGUGGACAAGGAGCCGAGUCCGGCUGAAAGUUCCUCGGAGGACGGUGAGGAGGAGCUGAUCACUAAAAAGUAUCAGGAGAAGGGGGCGGGGCACGGGGACAUGGCGGCGCCCGUGGGGGCACCCACACCUCAGAAGUGCCGCGGCGUCAACGGCGCCCCGCCUCGCGCCUGCUCCGACGACUCUGAGAUGGAGGUGUGCAGGAUCUGCCACUGCGAGGGCGACGACGAGUGCCCCCUGAUCAUGCCGUGCCACUGCACGGGCAGCCUGAGCUACGUGCACCACGCGUGUCUCUACCAGUGGAUCAAAUCCUCAGACACGCGCUGCUGCGAGCUCUGCAAGUUCGAUUUCAUUAUGGAGACCAAACUCAAACCUCUGCGCAAGUGGGAGAAGUUGCACAUGUCCAAGAGCGAAAGGAGGAAGAUCUACUGCUCAGUGAUGUUCCACCUCGUCGCCAUAGUGUGCAUGCUGUGGUCCGUCUACAUCCUGAUCAAAAGAACCACAGAAGAGAUCAAACUGGGCAAGAAUGAAGAAUUUUGGCGGAUUUCUCUCCUGAAGUACUACCGGUAUGCACCCAAGGGCGUACUUGAGUGGCCCUUCUGGACCAAGCUGAUUGUGGUGGCCAUCGGAUUCACAGGCGGACUCAUCUUCAUGUACAUCCAGUGCAAGGUCUACCUGCAGUUGUGGUCCCGCCUCAAGGCCUUCAACCGCAUCAUCACCGUGCAGAACUGCCCCGACAAGAACCGGCUCGCCAACGGAAAGCGGCAGACGGCCGUGGAGAUCCCCGCGGGCCCCGCCCCGCCGGACUCUGAUGCCUCCCUGGAGGCGGCGGUGGCGCCCGGACACGAUCCGGUUUGAAGGUGCCAAUAUUUUGCGUCGAGGUGGACCGGACUCAAGUGUGUGAUACGGUUCAUGCGGUUUUCUUAGUUUAUGGUUCUACGGAUAAAAAUAGUAGCUAACAAACACGAGUACAUUGGUACCUUGAGAUAAAAGUUUCAUUUGUUCCGUGAUUGCGCUCUUAACUCAAAUCACCUUUAAAUCGUUCACUUCAAGUGUGUUUGUCUCCCCCCCAAGGUGAACACAAGCAGGCAGAGGACCACCGCUGUGGCCACGAAAUGAGGAUGCGGUCUUAGCACCUGAAAAACUUGCUAAUUCGGAGUAAUUAUUGUACGUCAUCUAUUUUUGACACUUUUAAUCCUCUUAUGCACUUUUUCAAACUGCACUAAUACCUUCAGUGAAGCCAGGGGUGGCCAAAGUAUGCGGCCCGAUCUUCCACACGUCCGUUUUCCGAGCCGCUUAUCCUCACUGGGGUCUCUUCUUUAGGUGAAAUCAAAAGUGAGUGUAUUAUUUACAUGACUGAAUGAAUAUAUUUGACAUCUAAAUUUGAACUUUUUUCCUCAUUUGUCCAUUCUAAAAAUCAAAUGGCCCCUCGAGCAAUGAACAACUUUUCCACCCCUGCAGUUUAGAUUUUCACUGACCACUUUAGAGGUUUGUCUACGUUUGUAUGUCAGCUAUUGGGAAUGUUGCGUGUAAAUAUGUCAUUUAACGUGAUGUAGUGUGAUUAGGAUUAUUGUGCUUUGGUGAAUUGGGUGGGAGAAGACCGAUGGUUUCUACUGCCUCACAGUGAGGCAACCGUUUGGAACGCCCUCUAGUGUACAAAUACAUGAUGCUCGAGCUGGUCAACAAGCUCACAAAAACUGUUAAAUACAUCCAUCCAUCCAUUUUUUUGCCGCCUAUCCUCAUGAGGGUCACGAGCCUAUCCCAGCUGUCGACGGGCAGGAGGCGGGGUACACCCUAAACUGGUCGCCAGCCAAUCGCAGGGACAAAGCGCCUCACUCCCAAUUACACCUAGGGGCAAUUUAGAGUGUCCAAUUAAUGUUGCAUGUUUUUGGGAUGUGGGAGGAAAUCAGAGUGCCUGGAGAAAACCCACACAGGCACGGGGGAAAACAUGCAAACUCCACACAGGCGGGGCCGGGAUGGUCCUCAGAACUGUGAGGCCAACGCUUUACCAGCUGAGCCACCGUUUAAUACAAUCUCAAUAAAUAAAUAAAUGAGAACAUGAAAAAGUUCAUUUUUCUCAGUAGUUCCAAUUCAAAGUCAAACUAAUACAGUAUAG